GCCGCUGCUCACAACCAAGAUUAUAGUAGUGCCAUGGGAGAUGGUGGUGCUGCUGUUGGCUUUGGAUACGGAGCCACAACCCCAGCGACGGGGUACCAAAGUGUGCGGUACACUUCUCCUCCGUUCAGCGGGAAAUCGAAAGAUUUCAACGAAUGGCUAAAUGAUUUCCGCAUAGCAGCUAAUGGCGCAAACCUGUUGGAACAAUUGAAGAGAGCGGGAGCUUGGAGAUCCCCGUCAGCAGCGGAAAGAGCAAGUUUUCGCUGUCACAGCAGUACCGGAGCGAGCAAGUAGAGCUCGCAUUCCACGCGUGGAACUUCCUGUCUCACGCGUUGAAAGAAAAAGAUCGGAAAAUCAUGAAGAGGGCAGAGACGCCCCAGGGAGCUCUUCGUGAGCUCAAGACCAUACACGACCCUGAAUCAUCUGUACAGCCGUCAGAGGACCUCAAGUCCCUGAUGUCGACCAAGAUCGCUAGAGGUGAAAACCCCCAAGACGCUCUCAAUGAGAUUAUCCAAACCGCAACGUCCUUAACCGAGAAAGGACUUACUGUCAACGAAACGUUCGUCCUUCACCUCUUCCUGGAUGCCUGUUCGGACGAGUAUGCCAUGACCAAGCACAACCUGCGACACGCGAAGGAGUUGACGCGGACCGGUGUGCUAAAGGAAGUAAUGAUCGAAUACAAGGCGAUCAAGGACAAGCUGGAGCAGGAGAAAGGAAAAGGGGCGAAGGGCGCAGAGCAAGCGUACUUCGCCGACGGUGAGGGCCGCAGGGAGCGGUACUCAAGUAGGAGUCAGGGGCAAGGUCGUGGUCGUGGCGGCGGCCGUGGCCGCAGCAGCAGUCGUGGCCGCGGCGGCGGCGGUCGCGGCGGCCGCUCAGGCGGAUCCGGAGGAGUCGAGGAGAGCAAGGGAAGCAGCAGUGGAGGCGCCGAUGGCGGCGGUGGCGGGGACUAUAAGUUCCCGGGCCGGUGCUUAAGGUGUGGACAUCGUGGACAUCAAGCGAUCGGCUGCACUACCAACGAGAAGGACUUCGUGCCGUGGUGUGCGCGCUGCGAGGGGUGGGGCCACACCAAAGAAAAGUGCGCGACGGAGGAGGCCGUCCUAGCGCAAGUGGUGGAGCAUGAGAGCGACGUGGACUCCGUGGAAGACCAGGCGUUUUGUGCCGUGGCAGUCCCCCCAGGCGAGUGUGGUACCGUUGGUGAAGUAGGUCUAGUGGGGGUUGUGGAACAAGGCCAGGCGGUGUACGUGGCCGACACAGCGGCCACGUGCUCCAUGUUCCGAUGUGCAGACAACUUCGUGAACUACCGUGAGCGUAGCGGUUGGGUGAAGGGGAUCGGAGGCGACAAGGCCCCCGUUCCUCUUCUAGGAUACGGAGAUGUGACCUUAGUCCUACAGACGGAAGAUGGUGGAGUACCCGUACCAGUACUGAAUGCUGCCCAUGUACCAGAGGCCCCCUACAACCUCCUCUCGCUGUCUUCGUUGGCGGAGGAGGGCCACACGUAUUCGGGGAUGAAGGGGGGCCUCACGCUGACCACGAAAGCCGGGGGGGAGGUGUGGUUCCCCCGGACUGGAAAGCUGCUGGCCCAACGAGGCUAUCAAAUAAAGCCAACGCUGCACACCGCCUGUGCCGCACUCAUUGGUUCUGGCGAUGCGAAAGCAGUCACCCCCACUGACCUCAACGAGUACCACCUCGCGCACGGCCAUGCCCACGAGACAUUGCUCAGGAUCACGGCGGAGCAGCAGGGAGUGCAGCUGACGGAUGGACCACUGCUACCCUGUCUUGGCUGUUCGAUGUCCAAGGGACAGGUGAAACCCGUCCAGAAGAGCACGAGCACACGCGCAGUUAAGAAGUUAUUUCGCGUGUAUCUCGACUUGGGGGGAAAGAUGAAAACCAGGAGCAUUGGUGGCAACUGGUACACACUGAUCAUCAGAGACGAUUUCUCCCGUUGGACGCGUGUUUUCUUCUUGAAACACAAGUCUGACGCAGCGGUUGGGUUUGAGAAGUUCCUGGCGGACUACCGAACGAAAGGGGUUCCAUGUGAGGUUUAUGUCGCACGUACCGACGGUGGCGGCGAGUUCCAGGGACAGUUUGCGGAAGUUUGCCGCAGACACGGCAACAAACAAAAGUUCACCCCCCCUCACACCCCAAAAAACAACGGUGUAGCGCAAAGAGCGCUAGUGUUGAUCACUGAUGCCGCGCUUGUGUCAAGCAUCCAAGCGACGCUGUGGGCCAGGGCAAGCGACGCCGUUUGUGCGCGAGGAGGCGCCGACGGCACCCGGCAACGGGAUUCCGGGGGACGGAGGCAGCGUUCCCCCGUCGCCCCCUUCGGGAAGGGGCGACUUCGGCGGAGGCAUGACGCCGGCGGUACCGGCGGCCCGGGCGGCGAAGAGUCCGGCGACCCAGGUGGGGACGGCGGUAGCGAUGGUGAUCCCGGCGACUCCGAGAACCUCGAGGAGUUGAAGUAUGAUCCAGGCGACGACCGCUACCCCCGCGGGCUAGAAGGGAAGAACCUCCUCUGGGGCGCCUCGAACGCUGGCCCGCUGCGCCAUGGGCUUGAGAGUGGCCGCACGCGGAAGCAGACCCGGGAGAUGCAAGGUGCCCGGGAGAUGCCGGGGCCGGGAGAAACACCGGACCCGGAAGAGGCACUGCUGGCGACCUUCCUGGAAACUGGCGGGACGGGGAUUGUUGAGGGCUACAGCUGGAACUCGCUUGUGAAGGAGCAGUGGGACGAGGAAUACACACGCCGUAUGGUGGAGAUGUACAGGCGCGAGAUGCAGGAGGUGUUGGGCCCGCAACAGCAGGCGUUCGGGGCCGAGGUCGACGCCAGCGGGUCUUCACAACCACUCCCAGACCCACAGCUAAGGCCGAACAAAGAUGACGAGCCCGCGGUGGAUAAGCCUGUGAGGGAGGCGAUCGGAUGCCUGAUGUGGACGAACUGACGAGGCCAGACAUCGGCUUGCCUCUGAACAAGCUCCAGAAGAUCGCCCACUCACCCACCGGGAGGAU